UAGCAUCCUCGCGUGCCUCAAGGCUCUCCAUACGUUUCCUUUUUGCUUGCCGCAGUCAGAUUUGCCAGCCAUAUUUUGUGGCGUUCACUGGGGAUGAAAAUGGAGAUGGACAGGAGACGUUUGUAUGUUCUGAUUGCACACCUUUGGAUCGUCAGUCAAAUAGAUGUGGCAGCAGCAUACUUCAGAAACCAGCGCAAGUUCUCAGACGACGUGGAGUGGUCCUACACAGGUACUCUAAACCAGCAGAACUGGCCCAAGAGGUACCCCUCGUGCAACACGGCCCGGCAGUCUCCCAUUGACAUCAAUGAGGACUUCACGCAGGUCAAACUGGACUUCCAGAACCUGCUGCUGGAGGGCUGGGACCAGAAGACGCCGGACUCCACCAUCAUCAAGAACGAUGGCAAGACAGUGGCGGUGAGCCUGGACGGGGAGUUCUACGUGAGCGGUGGAGGGCUGAGGUCCAGGUUUCGGGUGGGCAGAAUCACGUUCCACUGGGGCCGCUGCAACGCCACAUCAGACGGCUCUGAGCACAGCCUCAAUGGGGUUAAGUUCCCACUGGAGAUGCAGAUCUACUGCUAUGAGUCAGAGAAGUAUGCGUCUGUGGAUGCGGCACUUCAGGAUGGAGGGAGGAUAACGGCUCUAGCCGUCCUCUUUGAGGUCGGCCCGAGAGAGAACGAGAAUCUCAGCAACAUCAUAGACGCAGUCAACGCAGUCAGCCGUUUCGGUAAGAGCAGCUCGGUGGAGCCCUUCUCCAUGCUGGGCCUGCUGCCCAACUCCACAGAGAAGUACUACAUCUACAACGGCUCGCUCACCACGCCGCCCUGCUCCGAACCCGUGGAGUGGAUCGUCUUCAAAAACACGGCCUCGCUCUCCGAAAGCCAGCUGGAGGCGUUCUGCGAGGUGAUGACGAUGCAGCAGGCGGGCUACGUCAUGCUGAUGGACUACCUGCAGAACAACUUCCGCCAGCAGCAGGAGCAGUUCAUGGGACAGGUGUUCAGCUCCUACACAGGCACAGAGGAACUGCUGGACCCCAUUUGCAGCUCAGAGCCGGAGAACGUGCAGGCGGAGCCUCAGAACCUCACAGGCAUGGUGGUGACCUGGGAGAGGCCGAGGGCCGUCUAUGACACCACCAUCGAGCGCUACUCCGUCACCUACCAGAGGCUGCAGGGCAAGGACCCGCCCAAGAAGGAGUACCUCACCGACGGAGACCAGGACGUGGGAGCCAUCAUUGGAGGCCUGCUGGCCAACAGCAGUUAUGUGGUGCAGGUGGUGGCCCUCUGCAACAAUGGCCUGAAGGGACGCAUGAGUGACCAGUUCAUCAUAGACAUGCCACUUGAAGACCUGGAUAACAUCCCUGAUCCAUACACAGAUCCGCCAGAUACUGAUGACUACUUUGAGGUGAUGCCGUCCGCUGGCAGACAACCCGACGACCCCGAGGCCCCACCAGAUCGCACGAUCACCAGCGACUCCGACACCUCCAAGAGCUCCAUCUGGGUGACCAUGGCGACGGACCAGCCCGGCUUCCUGUUCCCGGGGGCGCCCCGGAGCACCACCCCGCCGCCACGGAGACGUAUCAUCACCGAGGAGGCCUCCCUGUCCUGGAGCCCCAGCCAGGACAAGGCCAACUCCUACACCCGCAAGCCCGCCACCAAGCUACUCCGUCCGGAGGGCGCCAAGCCCCCCAGCAACAAGGUGGUCACGGAUGUCUACUUUGAGGAGUACCUCAACAGCACCUUGUACAAGACCACCACCUCCAUGGGCACGCCACUGCCCGAUGAGGAGAUUGUCGGCGUGGUGACACUUCCCAAGGAACGCGCCUCCCAGAAGGACAACGAGGUGAGGGCAGGAGAAGAGCAGCAGUCUUCGCCUGCUGGUACUGGUACGGUCGACAAUGAUCUGCCAGACACUCCACUGGACGUCAGAACCACCAUCACUGUAGACGAGACUGAUAAAGAUACCACCUCCACCUCAGGUCCAUCAAGGACUACCUUGGCCCCAGGGAGUUCUACCAACCAAGAGCAGCUCUACACCACUCAGCCUAUGUUCAAUGAGGCCAGUAACAGCAGUCCUGAAUCGCGUGUGGGCAUGGUGGGAGGCGUGGAGCGGGAGAGGCGCACGGUGGUGCCCCUGGCCGUGGUGUCCACCCUCACCAUCCUCUGCCUACUGGUCCUCGUGGGUAUCCUCAUCUACUGGAGGAAGUGUUUCCAGACUGCUCACUUCUAUGUGGAGGACAACGCCUCACCCAGAGUCAUCUCAGCCCCUUCCACACCGUUACUCUUACCUAAUGGCACAGAUGAUAAUGAAGCCUUCUCUGUGAAGGAGUUUGUGAAGCACGUUGCCGAGCUUCACAGCACACACACGUUCUCCAAAGAGUUUGAGAUCUUGAAAGAGUCUUACGAGGAGAUUCAGUCCUGCUCAGUAGACAUGGGCAUGACCACCGACAGCUCCAAUCACCCUGACAACAAGAGCAAGAACCGAUACAUCAACAUCCUGGCCUAUGAUCACAGCAGAGUGAGGCUGUCACCCAAUACUGAUACGGAAGGGGAGUGUGGAGACUACAUCAAUGCAAACUACGUGGAUGGCUUCAACCAGCCCAAGGCCUUCAUAGCAGCCCAGGGCCCCAUGAAAGCCAGCCUGGAGGACUUCUGGAGGAUGGUGUGGGAGCAGAACGUGGGGGUCAUCGUCAUGAUCACCAACCUGCUGGAGAAGGGACGGAGGAAGUGCGAUCAAUAUUGGCCUGUGGAGAACCAAGAAGAGUACGGCUGUUUCCUGGUGACUCUGAAAAGCACCAAGACCCUGGCUUACUACACACAAAGGACCUUCACCUUGCGCAACACCACCAUCAAAAGGGGGUCCCCGAAGGGUCGCAGUCAGGAGCGAACCGUGCUGCAGUACCACUACACCCAGUGGCCGGACAUGGGCGUCCCGGAGUACACUCUGCCCGUGCUGUCGUUCGUGCGGAAGUCCUCCCAGGCCAAGGCUGCGGACAUGGGACCGAUGGUGGUACACUGCAGCGCUGGUGUGGGCAGGACAGGCACCUACAUCGUGCUGGACAGCAUGCUGCGCCAGAUCAAAGAGCUGAGCACCGUGGACAUCAUGGGCUUCCUCAAACACAUCCGCACACAGAGGAACUACCUGGUACAGACCGAGGAGCAGUAUGUGUUCAUCCAUGAUGCCCUGGUGGAGGCCAUCCUCAGCAAGGAGACGGAGGUGUCCUCCACCCGCAUCCACGCCUACGUGUCUGACCUCCUCACGCCCGGACCCUCGGGCAAGACCAGGCUGGAGAAGCAGUUCAAGCUGGUCAGCCAGACAAACGUGAAGCAGUGUGAUUAUGCAUCUGCAUUGAAAGAGGGCAACGUGGAGAAGAACAGAACCUCCUCUCUCAUGCCAGUGGAGAGGUCCAGAGUGUGUCUGUCCACUGCAUCAGGAGAGACGUCAGACUACAUCAAUGCUUCUUAUGUCAUGGGCUACCGUCGCAGCUCUGAGUUCAUCAUCACCCAGAGCCCCAUGCCCAGCACAGUCAAGGACUUCUGGAGGAUGAUUUGGGACCACAACUCCCAGAUCAUUGUGUCCCUGCCAGACGCCCAACGCCAGACUGAGGAGGAUGAGUUUGUCUACUGGCCCGUGAAAGACCAGCCAAUCAACUGUGAGACCUUCACUGUAACCUUUACCGGCGAGGACAAUGUGUGUCUGUCCAGUGAGGAGAAGCUGAUUGUCCACGACUUUAUACUGGAAGCCACACAGGAUGACUAUGUCUUGGAAGUGCGUCAGUAUCGGACACCCCGCUGGCCCAACCCUGACAGCCCCAUCAGCAACACCUUCGAGCUGAUCAAUAUCAUCAGAGAGGACACGCGCCACCGGGAGGGAACCAUUGUUGUCCACGACAGGUACGGAGGUUCCACUGCUGGAGUCUUCUGCUCCAUGACAACACUGGCAGAUCAGCUGGAGGAGGAAAACUGUGUUGACGUGUACCAAACCGCCCGCAUGACCAACCUCAUGAGACCUGGGGUCUUCACUGACAUGGAGCAGUAUCAGUUCCUCUACAAAGCUAUCCUGAGUCUGGUUAGCACCAAAGAGGACGAGAAGGCCUUCCGCUCCUCCGAAAACAACGGCAGCGUCCCCACCGGCAAUGGCCCCGAGAGCCUGGAGUCCCUCAUGUAACCAUGACAACAACAACGGCCCCUGGAAGAAGGAACGCUUAUGUUUUAUUGUACAAAAGCAAUGUGUCCUGUGUAGCGGAGGAAUGUCUUUUUUUGUUUGCCUUGCCUUGAAAACAAAAACAUGUUGCUCCCUUGUGUGUAUGUAUGUCUUCGGUGCUGGAUACUAUGUGGUCUUUGUCUUUUUGUGCCUUUUCUUGUUGUCAUGUCGAGAAUGCUUUGGUACAAUUGCAUUGUUGUAACUAAUGCCAAAUGUUGUAUUGUUGGACUGUCGCUGUCUGAAUGAUUUGUUGAGGCCAUCGGUAUAAUUUGAUUUAACAAUUUCUAAAAUGUCAUUCGUGGGUAAUCAUUUCUGAAGGAGGGGGAGAUUGUCUAUUUUUUAUAGAUGCUCUGGGUUGGAAAAGAAACCCGAGAUGAAAUCUCUAUGCUGUAUAUAAUAAGAUGUCAGAUGCUAUUGUAUAGGGUGGGAACAUGGAAAAAGAAGACAAUAAUAUUCUAACUUGUAAAUAGUUAAUAUCACAUCCACAGACCAAAUCUAUUUAUACGACUAGAUUUUGUAUUUUACUACUGUCUUUUGUAGCUUUAACCGUCUUACCUGUCUUUUGAUAAAUUAGUUCAAAUAUUGGAUCAAAUUUUUAAUACCUGCCCUUAUGUAUUAUCUUUGAUUAUGGAUCAUAUUCAUGGAAUGUUGGGGUUUUGUAUCUGUAGUUGUACAUAGUAACAAUGUUUUCAAAGCGAGAGACUG